CGAGGUGUGAGUGAGAAGGAGUUUGUUUUGAAAAAAUCUGUUCUCUGCUCCCGACGGUUUUCCUGCGGCCUUUUUCCGGUUUUCCUACCAUCCGCCGAAAUGUAAACCGCGAGAAAUGUAUUUGAACAAGCUUCGCACCCCGCUCAACCCCUGCUGCCCACCAUCGGCCAGACGGCCCCCCUUUCACCCCGCUCAUACCUAUUGCGCACGCUUCCGUUCGGUCCGAGGUUCUCUUGCUUGCCAGCACCACAAUCGGAAGAGCGUUCACUGUUGGAGCGUCAAUUGCGUAGCUAUCCCCCCUUUUUCGCGAAUUGCUGGUCUUUUCGGUCGGUUCUCGAUACGUGCAAAAUAGCUAAAGAACGGGUUCUAAUUGGCGUCCGCGAUACGCUUUCAGUUCAACAACACGGACACCUUUUGAUCCGUGGAAUGUGUGAAAACGUGUCGGUUGAUAUUUUAAAGAAAAUUGUGAAUCCGCCCGUUCACUGAUUGCCACACGGCAAGUAAAUUAAAACCGGAUGCAGUGAGGCACAUUCUUUUCUGCACACAGACGAUGCACCGAGGUAUUAGUAAUGAAAAAUGGUGUGUGAAAUGAGGAAAAGGCUUCGUAGAUUGAACAUCUCUGCGUGAGCGAGAUUCAGUGAAAUUAUUGCCGGAGGUGGACAACAAGUAGUGUUGUCGACGGCAGGUAGUGGAUAGCGUCCCCUCCGUGGGCUAGUUGUGUGUUCGUUUCUACGGAAUCAUCGAGCAGGUGGAAAGUGUGACCGCAUCUUCCGGGACGCAAGCAAUUCGUCAAGCUGGAUAACUCUAUUGUCAACCGGUAUUUGAGCGCAGCGGACGACGAGUUCGUAUACUUUGUGGAUCUGGACAUCCGGCGGUUCAUCGAGCGGGCCAAUCCGAAGGCCGUCCUCAUAUUCCCACCGUUUAAUAACUAUCGACGGUUCCUGAUCCAUAAAGUGUGCGCCAGCCAAGCGUUCAGCGAGCAUGAUGUCGUGACUUUUUCGAUCGGGCUCGGUAGCGAACGGCGAACCGUUGUCUGCUUUCGGCAUCAGCUGCUGCGCGACGUUAAGUCUAACAACGGUAAGAGUUUCGAAGAAUCGGGCGCAGCCACCGUUCCCGAAUGCGGACCCACUGGAACACAGCCGAAAUUUACUAGCUGGCGCAGUUCAACGACACCACCGACCGGUACGACUACCAGCGUUAGCAGCAGUCACGCAUCGUCAGCAACCUGCUGCAGCACAAGCACCGGAAGUCACAGUAGCGUGAUCGCCACCGGACGGAGGCGUGAAAAACGUGACCCAGCACCACCGACGUCCACCGGUACCAGCGACAGAAUGGGAACAGACAGUGCAAUAGUAUUGGCGUCUCCCGGCGAUACUAUUCAGGAUAGCGGACGACAACAACGGCUGCAAAAGCACUGUAACGUCGAUCAACAGCAUCAGUUCCUGAUUGGAGCACAACUCGAUCCGUUCAAUGGUGACCGGUUAAAAGUCACUGUGGACCUAGAUGCCACCAGCGCAGCGCUUAAACCGGAGAUAUUCGAGGGUAGUACCGCUGCCCCUGGUAACUGCCAUCAACCGAGCGGUGUACGACUCCCACCGGUGGUGAGCAUUUACCGUCCACCGGCAGCACGGCGUGCUCUCAAACUUGCCGAAGGUGUGCUGCAUCAGCUGGCUACACCAGCUGCCUGUGAACAUCCGAGCGAUUAUGGUCAUUUAGCGUCGUCUGCGUCAACACGCCAGCAGCAGUGCGGUGCCAGAAAUAGUGGCAAUUGCGGCAUACCGGCUGAUAAGGCGUUGCACGAGCCACAGGACGGUGUCGCCGCGAGCUUGCCAGAUUCCAGAGAAGGCCGCGUUCGGUUUCAUGCAGGUGAACCGGUCCGCUGUGAAACCAGUUCCGGAGCGGAGAAAAAUCGAACGAAAGAGGAAACAGUGCCCGACGAAGCAUCUACUUCUAGAGCAGCUGAAACACAUGCCAAUGGUGGUAGCAGUGUAGGAAGCAGCACUUCCGGCACUGAUAGUCCCGCUGCUGUUGUAGCAACUAGCAGAUCCAAUCGUCCACAACGCGAACGGCGGCCUGAUCGCGCUGUUUACAUUCCACGAGCACGACGCAGCCUUACUACUCCUCCAGAAACACAAUCAUUGUCGUCUUCCUCUGAUGGUUGCAACACUAGCGCGAGUAACAACAAAAUUUCACCAACAAUCAAAGCUGCUCCUGCUCCGACGAGUAAUGGAUCUCCUUUGAAAGGAUUACCAACAGCGUGCACUGAACGGUCGAGGGCUCCCGAUAUUUCGGCUAGUCAGAAUAACGACGAAAACGUGAUAUCCUCGAAUCGGGAAGAUGCUAGUAUCAUUGGUAUAGCUGCUGAAGAUCGCGACAAAGCUUUCAGCUUAAACAACAACAACAACAACAACUGCAACAAGUUGCCAAUCUGUGAUACUGUAAAGAGAGAGAUCUCGGUGUUUAAGGAGCAAACGCCAAGCAACGAAUUGUCGUUGGGUACAUUGUUGGAUAAGUUUAAGCACAGAAGUUACAGUUUAGAGGAGUACAGUGCGGUCCAUACUCUAUCAGCUGCUGUUGGAGAUAGUACACGCGAUCAGUGCUGCGAUCGUUUACGUUCGGUUGGUACAACGGAUCAAGGUGAAUUUGCGAGAACAGCCACCUUUGACAAACCCGACUCGGAAACGGUAGACGAAUAUAGCCUUCGUUUAGAUCUAAGCGAUACGAUGCAUCGUAAUAACAACCGCAACCGUAACGCAAAGAACACGAUGGAACCACCCAGUUCCACGAUGAUCAUAGGGGGGCAUGCUGAAAACGAAAAGAUCGAUCGCGAUGAAAAGGAACUACGAAGGGCAUCGCAGGAGAUAAAUCGAAGCAAUCGGAGAAUAAUGAAACAAACGUUCAACUCCGAUGUGCUUCAGAUUGAGGAGCCAGAACCGCCGGUACUGGCGUCGCGUGCGAAGAAGAUAGAACUUCCAAAAAGUGCCCCAGCGCCCGUCACCGUUGCACUGAAGGUGGCUGACAAUGGUUUCCAGAAUGGCUCCAGUGGUAAUGUUGGAACCGGUGGCGAAGAAGAGGAAGAAGACGAUUGGGAAUCGAUGUACGACGAUAAUGGUGAUUGUUUAAAUCCUAAAAUGAUCGACGAACUCACGACGGCCGUCGGAAAAGUUGCUAUUGAAGUACCACAAUCGGAUUAUAAGGCUUACGAAACAAAGCAGGCAGUGCUUAACGACGAAGAAUUCCCGCACGUGCUGGAGGUGUCCCGUUUUCCGGCCGAAUUUAAGACACAGGAUCUAAUGAUGCUGUUCUCGCAGUACAAGGAGACUGGUUUUGAUAUCAAAUGGGUCGAUGAUACUCAUGCCCUGGCUGUGUUCAGUAGUUCAAAAAUAGCUGCUGAAGUGCUUGCUGCUGGUCAUGCAUUCGUGCAGGUGAAACCGUUAGCGGAGGCGACUAGCGAAUCACGCUCAAAAGCGCGAAAAUGUGCCAGCUCAUUGCAACCGUACCGUGCACGACCGGUAACAUGUGCAGCACUUGCUCGCCGUAUGGUGACCACCGCCCUCGGCGUUAGAUUGAAGACGGCUCCCGAAGAACGGGAAAACGAACGACGUGUCCUUCGUGAAGCCAAAGAGCGAAAGCUCCUUGCUGCCAAGCAACGCGAUGAAGUGUGGGACAGCUAAUAAAGCCCCUCCGUUAGAUUGUUGCUGUGCAGAAGCAUGCCGUGGUUGUGGGGUGGUCUACACGUUUAGAGUAGGAGCAUGUAUGCGAUAGGUUGCCAUAUCUGACUGCGCACCACAUCAUACCUGCAUUAGUCAUAACGGUUAAGUGCAAGAGAAGCAGUCGCAUUUUUCACUUCCCUUAACACGGAAUGAACAGUACAAUUAAUGGAAGGACCUAAGCGACGAGUUUUGGAUCGGUAGUUUUGGUUUUUGCUCCGCAAUGAUUGUGUUUUGAAAACGUUUAGGCAAAAGCAAAAAAUUGUAUAGAAAACAAGAGUGUAUAGCAGCGUCGCGACAAGCGGAUAUGUUUUAGGGUAAUUAGUAAAGUAAUAGCAAUCGGUAGCGAGAGUAUAUACAUUAUAAAUAUAUAUAUCUAUAUACACUGAUAUAUUAAUGUUACAUAUACACGGCGUACGGAACGGUGCAAGUCUCGCGUGUGUAGCGAAUUUGCAUGUCAGUAUGUUUCCUACUUUUAUUUACAAAAUACAGCAAACUCAAAAAGCUGUAGAACUUGUUUCUAAUAAAGAAAUUGUGUGCAAAA